AUGUCUAAAAGAAUUGUCGUGACAGGUCUUGGGCUAGUAACACCAUUGGGAGUUGGGGUAAAGUCAUCAUGGGCUAAUCUUAUUGCAAACAAGAGUGGAUUGAUUUCAACAACUACGUUACCGGAUUAUGAAUCGGCCGGGUGGGAUAAAAUACCAUCGAAAGUUGUAGGUAAAGUCCCACAAGGCCCAAUUACUGAAGGAAAAUGGACUUCGACGGAUCAUUUUGAAAAAGGAGAAGCAAGAAGGUUUGCAUUGUUUUCACAAUACGGCCUCGUUGCUACAGAAGAAGCGUUGAAGGAUGCUAAUUGGUUUCCGCAAAGUGAAGAGGAACAGAAUUAUACCGGGGUAGCUGUGGGAAGUGGAAUAGGUUCAUUCGAAGAUGUAUAUGAAAACUCUGUGAAUUUUUCACAAUCUGGAUAUAAAAAGGUUCAACCAUUAUUCGUACCUAAAAUAUUGACUAAUAUGGCUGCUGGGAAUAUAUCUAUAAAGUAUGGAUUAAAGGGCCCUAAUCAUUCAGUUUCAACAGCAUGCGCUACAGGUUUACAUUCCAUAGGAGAUGCAUAUAAUUUUAUUAAAAACGGCUAUGCGAAGGUUAUGGUUGCAGGUGGAACUGAAGCCACCAUUCAUCCAUUGGCAUUAGCUGGUUUUGCAAGAGCCAAGUCAGUUGUGACGAAUUAUAAUGAUGAUCCAACAAAAGCAUCUAGACCAUUUGACAAAGAUAGAAGUGGAUUCGUAUUAUCAGAGGGAUGCGGGAUGAUGAUUUUAGAAGAGCUUGACCAUGCUUUGAAUAGAGGCCUCACAGAGAAGGAUAUAUAUGGAGAAAUCAAAGGGUAUGGUUUAUCGGGAGAUGCAAAUCAUAUUACCGCUCCACGCGAAGAUGGUGAUGGUGCUUACAGAGCUAUGACGAUGGCCUUGAAAUUUGCCGGAGUAUCACCAGAGGAAGUUGAUUACGUCAAUGCUCAUGCUACGUCUACAGUAAUAGGGGAUAGAUCAGAGAAUAAUGCAAUUGCAGAAUUAUUUAAAAAUAAUAACAAUUUAUCUGUAUCAUCCACCAAGUCGUCAAUUGGUCAUUUAUUGGGAGCAGCCGGAGCCGUUGAGCUGAUAUUUACGGUCAAAACUAUAAAGGAGAAUAUGAUGCCACCAUCUUUAAACUUGGAUAAUAUUGGUGGUCAUGAAGACGACGACUCAUCUAUGUUUAACAAGUUUGAUUACAUUCCGAAUGAAAGCAAACAGAAGCAAGCUAAUUACUCCCUUUGUAAUUCCUUUGGGUUUGGUGGGACCAAUAGUUCAUUAUGUUUAAGCAAGUACAAGUAG